AGUCUUUUCUCACCAACAUGUUAUUGUAUGCAUGACGAUGUCAGAACAGCCAGCUCAGUCAAAAGCAACGUCCAAUCCAGGCGCAGACACGCCAUUCUUCAACCGCGACGAUGUUCUACGCAGUCCAAAUGAGACGCUCCACGACAAAAUCGUAGUCCUCGCCGUCCAAUUCGCCAUUAUGGGAUACAGCAAAACAGCGUCGGAUCUCAUCUCCAAACUCAACAAACAUGACUGGCACCACGCAUACCCUCAUCGUGUACAACCUCUCCACCUGCUCUGGGACUUGCUCGGCCAAUGGCCGGAAGGCGAGCUUACCCGUGUGCACGAAGAGAUUCAAGACGACAGGCAGCGAAGAGCGGAGCAGAGAGUCAUCGAUCUCGAAGGCGAGGAGACGAAUAAGAAAGUCAAAUUAGAGGUGGAAAAGAGCCCGAUUACAGAUGAAGAUGUCAAGGAGUAUGUGAAGAAGAUGUACAGUAGUUAUACAACGUGCUGGUGGUACCCGGCACGACCGCAAGUCUGGUCAUAUUACAAGAAAGAGGAUCUGCCGCUAAGUCCGCACGAUCCGAAACUCAAGCUCUCGGCUGAAGAGGUGAAAAAACGGAUACAGAGCUUGCUGGAAGCAAUUGAAGAGCAGAAAAAGACUCCUGGAAAGUUGAGACCUGGUGCCGAGUCUAUGGUAAUGUCUGGGGAAGCACUAGUGAGCGCUCUGGACCUGCGCAUCCGAUUGCAAGCGAUGGACUCGACUGAAUUUGCAGACGUGCCCUCUGCAGAAGACAUCCUGAGCAGGAUCGUGAAGGAUCUGGGCGAGAGAGGUGUGCUGAACGAAUUGAUACAGUCACAACGAGCCUGGACGUUACUAAAAGACGGCAUCCUCAUCAAACUCCUCAACAUCAACAAGACCAAGCUUGACCUCAUCGCCUCAGAACUCGAAUCCGCCAUAACCCAGCGCCUAGAAACCGGCCGCCAACACGCACCAACCCCUUCCAUCGCAUCCCUUCUCUCAACUAUCAACACCAACACUCUCACUCACCCCGACUCCAUCGAAUAUUUCCAAGAGAUGGAUCGCCCAAUCCCCACCACCAUCCUGCACAAUCCAGCCUCCUCAUCCGUCAUAGCCGAAACAGAAUCCCGCCUUGGCACCACGCUCCCAGAAGACUAUAAAGAGUACCUGCGCAUCACCAACGGCAACGACGCAGCGUUUGGCGGCAUCAUCCGUGAAGCCCCGCUAUUCAAGUGCGAAGACAUACGCUGGAUCGACGAUGACGAAGACUACUUCAGCGAUCUGACCCUCGAAAUCCCGCACAACAGCACGCGCAUCGCGAACGCAUUAUCCGGCGACGGCUUGGACUGGCCGGAAGUCGGAAAAGGCAUCGUGAUUGGGUCUGAGGACAUUGACUACACGUUCCUGAUUACGCCCGAGACAGUCAAGGAGGUGAAAGACCGCGUAAGCUCGAUUUUGGAGGACGAUGACGCCGGCGAGGACGUUAAGCAGAGCUUGAAGGGUGCGGUGGAGGAUUUCGCGGGGAGUGUGCAGGCGUUUAUGGAGAUGGAGUGGUGUUUGGUCACGUGGGCGAUGCAGAUGGAAGGGCGUAGUAGCUUUACGGCGUACUUGAGUCAUGUGGCGGAGCAUAGUAAGCAAGUGGAGAAGGAUUGUUGGAAUAUUGGGUAUGGUGAGUUUUUUGGGUACAUGCUGGUUGAUAAGGCGGGGGAGUCUUGAUCUGUG